AUGAAUUAAUAGUUCUCUUAAUAGAAUUUCAUAUACCUUCCAAGCUAUUAAAUCACUAUCAUAAUUCAAUUUAAAAAAGGAUCUGGAUCAUAAGGUACAGUAUAUCAAGGUUUUAUAAAAAACACAAAUUAAAAAGUGGCUCUAAAAGUAGUUAAAGAAUUAAAUUCUAAAGAGGAGAUAAUUCUAAGGAAUAUAUAAUAGAAAAAACCUAAAAACAUCAUAGGAGUAUAUGCAAUUGAAAAAUUGAAUAAUAUUUAUUAUAUUGUAAUGGAAUUAGCAGAAAUGGAUUUAUUUUAGUAUAUAAAUACUAAUGAAUUUAUUAAUUAAGAUAUCCACGAAAAAAAUUAACUAUUUUAUCAAGUAUUUUAUAAAACUAUUUUAGAUGGUUUUAGGACUUGAAGAAUUUCAUAAUAUGGGUUAUUUUCAUAGGGAUUUAAAACCAGAAAAUUAUGUAUGUUGCCGCGAUUAAGAAUAAAAAUUAAUAAUUAAAUUAAUUGAUUUUGGUCUUUCCAAAAAUCAAUCAGAUUCAGAUAGAUAAACUUUAAAUAUAGGAACACCUUAUUAUAUUGCUCGUGAAGUUCUAGAAAAUGAAAACUAUACAAAAGCUAUUGAUGUUUGGGCUAUGGGAAUAAUUUGGUAUGAAAUAUUAACCAGAAAAUUAUUUUUUGAUGGUAAAAAUAUUUUUAUUCUAGGUAUGAAUUAAUUUAUGAUCAUAAAUUAGAUCAAUUAAAUUAAGCAAAAUGAAAUAUAUUAAAAAAUUGAUGUAAUUGAUAAUGUUUAAAAUAAUGUAAAAGAAAUUCUAAAAUAAAUGAUUUGUCUAGAUAGUGAGAGAAGAAUCAAAUUAGAUGAUGUUAGAAAUAAAUUAAAGGAAAUCAUAAAUCAAAGAGAUAGGUAAAAUAUUGAGGAGUUGAAAUAGAAUUUAUAGAAAGAAUUUUAAGAAAAAGAAAGAAACUUGAUGUAAAUUAAUUAGAUAAAAUUAAACGAACUAUCUCAAAAUAUGAAAUAAAAAUAAGAAGAGGAAAUUGAAUAAAUAAAAUAGUAAUUAUAAUCUCAUUAUAAUUAAUUAAUUUUAAAUAAGGAAAAUGAACUUAGAAAAGUGAUAGGAUAAUAAGAAUUAACAAUAAAUUAGAACAAGGAAUAAUAGAAAUUGUAAUAAGAAUUAUAAUUUCAAGCUUAAAUUAAUAAAUACAAAGCUUAAUGUUAAAUAGAAUUUGAUUAAAAAAUAUAAGAAGAAGCUUAAAGACUUAAAAAUCAAAUUAGAGAAAGUUUGUUAAGAAAAAAACAAUUAGAAGAUGAAUAAAUAAAAAAAAAAAUAUAAUAAGAAACAGAAUUAAAAUAUUAAAAAGAAUUAAAAGCAAAAGAAUAAGAAUUAUAAUUGCAGGCUUAAAAAUAAUAUGAAAAUGAACUUAAUCUUAAAAAAUAAUCAUUAAAAAACACAAUUAAUAUAUUAAAAGAUGCUAUAAAUAAUUCUAUAGGAGUUAUUGAAAAAUAAAAAUAAGAAAUCCUUAGUUAUUAGUAAAGUUAAUGCGAUUUACAAAAUCUUUUAUAGUUAAUUAUCAAUUUUAUAAAUGAAAAGAAAGAAGAGUUAAAAAAAAUAAGCAAAGAAGAGAAUAAUUUAGAAAAUUUGGAAAUAUUUAAAUAAUAUUCUUGGAUUUUGAAUUUAGAAAAUUAAUAUAAAAAUUAAUUCUAGAUACUCAAUUAAGAAACCAACAUAAUUAAUUAAGAUAUUUAAAAAUUUAUUAUAAAAUUCUAAAAAGAAUAAUAAAUAAAAUAGAUGGAAGAUAAGUAGAAUUAAGAAUAACAAAUAUAUUAAUAAGCAAUCAAAGAUUAUUAUUUAAAAUAUUAAUCGUUAAAAAAUGAAUUUGAUUAAUUAUAAAAUUCAGUUGAAAACAUAAAGAUUAAAUGUCAAAAUUAUUCUUAUUUUAAUUAAAGAGUUAACGAUAAAUUUUAAUAAUUAAAAUAAAAUUCUAAUAUAAUUGCUUUAUAAUUAAAUUAACUUAUAUAGUUUUAUUAAGGAGAAGAGAAUUGUAUUUCUGGAGUCUUACUCAAUUUUAUUUACAUAUAAUAAUAAGACAUUUAACAUUUAUUAGAACUAUUUAGAGAAAGAAUUCAAGAAUUAAAUGAUUUACUCAUAGUUUAAGAAUAAGAAUUAAAAUAAGAGAAGUGUUAUUAUAUGAAUUAAAUGGAUGAUUAGAUUUAUGAAAUAAAUUACAAAAUUAAAAAUAGUAUGAAAUUUUAAGAUGAAAAUCAAAAUGAUAUUAUAUAUAACUAAUUAGAAGAGAAAAAGAAUAAAAUUUAAUAGUUAAAACAAUAAUUAACCUCAUUAAGUUAAAAUGAACUAUCAAUCAGUAAUUACAUUUAAAUUAAGAAUUGUUUUUAAUAAGAGAUAGAUAGUGUAAAAAUUUUAACAAAGUAAUUAUUAGAAAAUUAACAAAAAGACACUUAACUAAAAAUAAUUACACAGAAAUAAAUUGAUUUUUUGAUGGAUGUAUAGAGUAAAUCUUCAUAAUUUCAAGGAUCAAUGAAAGAACUUAUAGUUUAAUUGAAUUCUUUAAAAAAUUAAUGCAGCCUAUUUAAAAAUGAAUAGAUUAACAAUCUUUUAGAUUAAAAAGAGAAGGAAUUAAAUGAUUUAAUGCAACAAGCUAAAGAAAAGUUUGAUGAAUUUUCAUAAAAGACUAAUCAUACUUAAGAAUCUUAAAAAAUAAUUAAUUAAAUAAAAGAAGAAUGUAAUCAGUUUCAAGUUGAAAUAGAAAAAAAAAAAUAAGAAUAAAAUUAAUAAAUAAUCGAGUUAGAUAGAUUAUAUUAAUAAACUUUAUCUAAAAAUGAAUCUUAAACAGAAAAGGAUUAUUAAUAGAUUUAAGAAGCUUUGAAGAAUUUAAAAUAAAAAUUAAAUUCAAGUUCUCAGGAAUUUUUAGGUCUUGAUAUCAAAAAUUAUAAUUAUGAUUAUAUAGUUAAUAACCAAUAAUAAAGCCAAAAUUAGUUUAAUGAGUUAUUAGAAAUGAUUAAAAGUUAUCUUACUAUGUCUGAAUAAAACUAAAAUGUAAGUUAAGAAUUAAAAAAAAAAUUGUAAACAAUUACUUUUUAAUUUUAAAACAAGGAUUCCAUUUCUAAAUUAGCAGAAUUAUAGCAGAGAACUCAAGUGAAGUCUAAAGAAUUAAUUAAAAUGAUAGAAGUAAUUGAGAAAUACAAAAAUUAAAUUAAAUUCUCAAACUUAGAAGAAGAGCAACGAAAAUAAAAAAGUUGGAUGGAAAUACAAAAAUCUAUCGAAGAAUUAAAUUUUAAUUUAAUAGAAUUUAAAGGACAAAUUGAUGGAAUGCGUUAGUCUAAUUAUUAAGAAAACUAUUUAAAAAAAAAAUAUAAAGAUUUUGAAGAGAAUGUUAACAAUCUUUGUUAAAAAAUACCUUAAAAGGCAGAACUUAAACAUUUGGAAAUAACUUUUUAAUAAAAUCAUUAAUCUUUUACAAUUUUAUAUUUACUUAUAAUAAUAAUUAAAGCUUAUAACCUAAAAAGAUAUUCAAUGAGAUUAAAAGAAUAAAAAGAAUAAUCAAAGAAUAUAUAUUUGCAAUAAAAUUAAUUAUAAUAAUUUCAUGUAAAUAAUGAUAGAAACUAAUUAUUAAAAAAAGCUUUAAAUUAUAUAAUGGAAGCUAAUUGCAUAAUAGAAAAAUAUGAAUUAUGUUUAUAAAAAAAAAGAUUUAUUUAUAACUAUGAAGAACAAACUAAAGAUGAUUAGAUGCUUGAUAAUAAUAUAAAAGAUAUAUAAAAUUUCAUAAAAAUCCAACAUUCUGUAAAGAUAAGGGGAUUUCUCAAAGAUUAUAAAUAGAUUAAUGAUCAAUCUUAAGAAUCACUAGAAUUCUGUGAUAUAAGUGUUUUAUUUAAGUAAUUUUAUUAACUGACAGGAAAGAAAUAAAUCUGA